CGGCGGCCGAGCCCGGCGAGACAGCGGCGGAAAGUGCCACGACUCCACACGGCCGCGGCGGCGAGGAGGGACCGCGACCCGGCACGGGCACAGAGGAGUGAGGCAGGAUGGAUGUGUACGACCCUCAGACGCUGGGUGUUAUGGUCUUUGGAGGCUUCAUGGUGAUCUCAGCCAUCGGCAUCUUCCUGGUGUCCACCUUCUCCAUGAAGGAGACGUCUUACGAGGAAGCCUUGGCCAAGCAACGCAAGGAGCUUGAGAAGGCCCAGCAGCAGAAAUUAGAGAAAAAGAAGAAGGAGAAACCAGUUGAGAAAAAAGGAAAAGCGAAGAAAAAGGAAGAGAAACCGAAUGGGAAGAUCCCAGAGCAGCAGCUUACUCAGGAAGUGACGGACCCUCCCAAGGAGGUGGUUCCUGAGCCCGCUGUGGUGCCUGAGCCUGUGACAGUUGAGACUCCAAUUGCAGCGGUGGCAGUUGUCCCCCAGGAAAAGGAGAAACCUGUUCCAUCACCUAAGGAGAAGAGGAAGAAGGAGAAGAAGGUGGCAAAGGUGGAGCCUGCUCCUAGCCCGGUGUUGGCUCCACCCCCGGUCAGCGUCCCCAAAAGUUCUCCCGUGCGGGAGGUGGCCCCUAAGGAGGUUCCUGUUGUGGCAGUGCCCCCAGUUGGCACUCAGCAAAGUGCUCCGGUCAUCAGCUCUGUCACCGUCAAGAAAACCGAGGCUCUUCCAGCCCAGGAGGAUCAGAAGCAUGAUGGGCCUGCCAAGAAAAAGGCUGCAUCCAAGAAGAAGAGCGAGCCAGCACCUACGGAUUCGGAUGGGGCCCUGUACCUGCCCUACAAGACACUGGUGUCCACAGUCAGCAGCAUGGUGUUCAGUGAGGGGGAGGCCCAGCAGCUCAUCGAGAUCCUGACGGAGAAAGCUGGGAUCAUCCAGGACACCUGGCACACGGCCACACAGAAGGGUGACCCGGUUGCUGUCCUGAAACGCCAGCUGGAGGAGAAGGAGAAGCAGCUCUCUGCCGAGCAGGAGGAUGCAGCUGCUGCCAGGAACAAACUGCGGGAGCUGAGCAAGGAGCUGUCAGCUGAGCGGGCCAAGGCGGUGGCCAUGGAGGGCAAGCUGAAGGAGCAGCUGCUGGCCCGCGAGCGGGAGAUUGUGGCGGUGCAGGCACGGAUGCAGGCCAGCUACCAGGACCAUGUCAGCGAGACCCAGCAGCUCCAGGGCAAGAUCCGAACUCUGCAGGAACAGCUGGAGAACGGUCCCAACACGCAGCUGGCUCGCCUGCAGCAGGAGAACUCCAUCCUGAGGGAUGCCCUCAACCAGGCUACCAGCCAGAUGGAAAGCAAGCAAAAUGCUGAGCUGGCCAAGUUGAGGCAGGAGUGCAACAAGCUGAUGAAAGAGCUGUCUGAGAAGUCAGAGGUGCUGCAGCAAGAGGAGCAGCAGAGGAAGAGCUGGGAGAUCAAAGCAGCGGCUUUGGAGAAGCGAAUCGAGCAGCUGCAGGCUUACCAACGGGAGGCAGAGGUGAUGCUGCAGAAGAGGCUGGAUGAGGUCAGCGACGAGCUCCGCAAAACCCAAAGCAGCUACAAGAGCCUGUUGGCAGAUGCAGAGAAGACCAAAGGGCAGCAGCAGAGCAUUGCUGAACUGCAAGGCAAGCUGCUGAGCUCCGAGGCAGAGGUUAAAAGUAAGCUGCUGGAGUUGGACAGUGUGAAAGGGAAACUGCAGGAUGCCAGCUCGGAGAAUACAAAGCUCCUGGAGAGGAUCAAGUCCAUCGAAGCCCUGCUGGAGGCAGGCCAGAUGCGGGAGGCAGAAAAAGACAGAGACCUGCAGGCAGCCAAUGAAGCAGAAAUGAAGCAGUUGCAGUCAAGACUCCAGGAGAAGACAAACCAGCUCUCAGCCUUGGAAAGGGAAGCCACACAGCUUCGGGAGGCAGUGGAGCAACAGCAGGUGAAAAACGACGACCUUCGGAAAAAGAACUGGAAGGCAAUGGAAGCACUGACCACAGUGGAGAAGGCGUGUGAGGAGAAACUGCUUGCUGCUACAAAAGCAAAGGAAGAGCUGGCCCAGCAGCUGGACGCGCUCCAGACACGAACCAAGCAGACGCUGCUCUCUGCCCUCCCCGGAGUCACCUUGUCCUCGGAGCAGGACUAUGACACGUGGCUACAGGAGUUUAAGGAGAAGACUGUGGGUGUGUUAAAGCAGCAGAUGAUCACAACAGAGCCACCAGAUUCAGCUCUUAAAUUAAAAGAGGCAGAGGAAGCACAAAGCACUUUACAAGCAGAAUGUGAGCAGUACAGAACGAUCCUCGCAGAGACAGAAGGGAUGCUGCGAAACCUGCAGAAGAGCGUGGAGGAAGAGGAGCAGGUGUGGAAGGCAAAGCUGACAGCCUCUGAAGAGGAGCUCCAAAAGUCACACCUGCAGCUGAAAUCCCUGGAAGGCAUGGUGGAGAAGUUGAAAGCAGAUCUGCAGAGCACAGAUCAGCUAAAGGAAUACACCUCUCUUCUGGAAACACAACUGGAAAAUCACUUGGAGACAGCCAGCUCCGAGCGCCAGAACUACACAAAAGAAGUUGGAGCUUUGAGGCAGCUCUUGUCAGAGUCCCAGGAGCAGCUGGAGGCAGCAAAGACUGAAACGCAGAAGCAGAGCAAGGAGCUGGCCCUGUUGAAAACCCAGCUGGAGCAGAACGAAACGCUGGCAGAGAAGGAGCAAAUGCUGCGGCAAAAGCUGGCACGGGAGCUGGAGGAGGCCCAGAGCUUAGCACGCAGCUUGCAGGCAGAGCUGGAAAAGCUGAGACUAGCUGAACAUGCAGCAGCUUCAGACAAGGAGGAGACCCAGCACCUCAAGGAAAGACUUGAAAAAGAAAAAAAAUUAACAAAGGACCUGGGCCAGGCAGCAACCAAACUGCAGGAGCUACUGAAGGUUACCCAGGACCAACUGGCCAAAGAGAGAGAAAUGGUGAAGAAGUUGAAAGAACAGCUUCAGGAAACGGGGAAAGAGGACAGUUCAAAGGAAGGGACUUCAGUUUGACAAGUCUUCACCCUGGACCUUACAGUUAACUUACCAAAAUGCCUUACACAUUCCUAAAGAUAAAAAUUUAUGCUAAAUUUACUGUAGAUAAAAGAUACAAGCCAUUAGUGACCCAAAACCUAGUUUUGAAACUUACAAGAAAACAUAAAAAAAAAAAAAAAAUCCAACCAAAAAAACCAACCAAUAAACACUGCAGUUUGUAAGAAAAAUCUUCUUACUGUUUUGUACAACUCUUCGGUUUCCUGGGGAGCUGCUGUGGCCACACCGGGCACGCGCUGGGGCUUCACCCUCCUGUUCCAGCAGAACCCACCAACGUGUGAAAAGGGAAGACUAUGUACAUCAACCAGUGCAAUUAUAAUUAUAUAUUUUUUCCUUUUUUUCUUUUAUUUUCUUCUUUUUUUAUUUUUGAGUGAAAGGAGUGUGAAAGUAAGACCCACCAUGGAAGGAUGCUCUCUUGGAUGGGUGGCUCUUGGCAUGUGUAUUUCUGGGUGUUGAUGCAAUUAAAAUGACGCAGUGAAGAGAG